UGAUAAAUUUCAAUAAAAUUUAUAAAACAAAAAACCUGUGUAAAUUUAAGUAGAAAAUUUUAAAAACAAUUUGGUUCAUUUUAAUGAAAAAUUAUUAAAGUUUAAUGGCAUGCCCAAUGUGUUUCUGCCAAACGUGCCCGCCUACGAUUCCUUGCGGUACAGGUCCAUGCAGCUUCUCCUGUCCUUCGCCAAGACCGUGUUGCCAGCCGUGCUGUCCUCCACCAGUGCCAUGCACACCUUGUCCGCCAUGCACCUGCUCGCCAAGGUUUAGACAGUGCCCCGCUCCAGUGAUACCAGAUCUAGUACCGCCGAUUGUUCCUAUUCUUCCGCCUUGCAGACCUCGGAGGGCUCCACCAUGUGAGCCACCUCCGUACCCACCACCAAAACCAGUCUGCUGUCCACCUGUUCUACCAUGUUGCCCUCCACCUGAGCCAUGUGAUCCACCACCGGUAUGCCCAUGUCCAGAACCAACACCAUGCUAUCAGCCAGUUUUGCCGUGCUGCAAUCCACAAUGCCCUCCGCCAAUUUUACCAAAGCAAAGGCCCAUAUGUCCCAGGGCUCCUCCACCGCCUUACCCAUGCUUACCCGUAUCUCGCAGCUGUUGUCCUGAUUGUGAAUUGGAUCCCGUGACACGGCGAAGACCGCUUAUCGUCCAUGACAGUGUCUUUCAAAAUAGACCAUCCGGCUUUCCUGCAGAAUGUUUCACUAGAAAUAACCCUAACGUGCGUUAUUCUGUGUCAAACUACGUUAAGCAGGGUCCAACAGCAAAUUGUUGCUACCAUGUUCCUGUGCCCCUAAGCUAACAGAGGUUUUGAUGUCAUGAACAAUAUUCGCACAACGAUAUUGUUCGCACGUAAUUUUAAGUGAACUGUUCUGUGUCUGUUUUGAUCCUAAUUUUGGUGAAUAAAAUUAUAUUAAUAA